AUGAAGGACGAGCUCUUGCCCUCCCUGGUGUAUGCAGAGGACCUGCUGUCAGGUCCCGCGCACCUGGGGAGGCCGAGGAGCAUCCUGGAUUGCACCUCCCAGCAUGAGGAAGGUGCGGAGCCCAUGCGGGUCAAGAUGGUGGGCAGAAGCCACGAAGCUUUGGACGACGUAGAUCCAGUGGCCCAUGGGCCUGAGUUGUGCUCGGCCACAGGAGACGGUCCAUCCGACGAGCCAGGCAUGCCUGUUGAGUGGCUGCAGGUCACGACCAUCAUGAUGCGAAACUUGCCCAACAAGUACACGCAGCGAAUGCUCCUCAUGGAGGUGAAUCAUGCUGGAUUCUUUGGAAGCUUCGACUUCUUCUACCUUCCGAUUGAUACAGAAACAGGGGCGAACAGGGGUUACGCCUUCUUGAACUUCCUGGAUCCUGCGCUGGCAUGGACGUUUCGCAUGAUGUACGAAGGCCGCAAGAUGAGCCGUUUCAACUCCAGCAAGAUCAUAACCAUUGUGCCGGCGACCCUCCAGGGCUUUGAGGCGAACUACAUGCACUACGCCUUUGCACGCGUCAGUCGCGGGGACCUAACCGCGAGGCCACUCUUCCUGAGAGACACGAAGGCUUCACUACUAGGCGCUCAAGAAGCUCUUGGUCCAUGUCGAGCGGGCGGAAGAGGUGAGGAAGCUUGGUACGCUCCUUUGCCCGUGUACGAGGAGGCCAAUCCGAUGUGGAGUGAAAGCGACAGCUCUGGCACGAGCCAGGAUGCUGAGGCGCCCCUUCGUACUGCCGGCUACGUGCCCAAGUUUUGCUCACAAUGCGGUGGACGCAUUCAGCUGAUGUUUGCAUUCUGUCCAAGUUGUGGCCAAGCUCUCGACUUCAGCUGA